AGGAGAAGAAGAUAGAGAAGAGGCAAAAAUGAAAAACAACCAACAAUGAUUGAUUACACGUGACGUGUUUGUCGGGUAAAUCGAAAAGAUCGAGAUAAAUCGUAAUUGGAUCGAAACCUUGUUGCGAACGAGGGAGAGAGAGAGAGAAAACAACCAAAAGAAGAGGAGGCGAGAAUGAAGGAGAUAGUAGCAAAAGAGACGAAAAAUGACAAGGUGGUAACACGAUUGAUAGGAACAAAGUAUUCGUGCUGUAGUUUUACGACGGAUAUCAAUUACUAACUAUCGAUCGCAGACUAUCAACUAUCAAUUGUCGACUAUUGACAGCAAGCGAGUUUUCUUGGUUUUUCAAAACACUCGAGGUCAUAUAGAAGCGCGAAAUCAAUACGCUGUUACGCAUUGAUCCCACAACUACAGAAAUGUACGCGUUCACGUAAUACUCCAGCUGCUAGAGUUCGGCAGAAUCAAGCUUAGUAUUUGUUUAAAAAGUCAGAAAAAAAUGAUUUUUCCACGCAAAUGACACUGAAUCGAAAUAAUUUAUAAGUAAAAUAUGUCUCAAGAAAUAGUUAAGUAAAAACACGAGCCACUGCGAUUCUCAACUCUUGUACAGAGCACAACGUUUCAUGAAUACACGAAUAUAUCGUAGCAGAAAUUACACAUCUCAUGCAGAGUUUUUGAAAUCGAUCUCUUGUCGAUUUUUUGAUGCAUUUAGCCCACUGUGGAAGUCUGCGUUCGAAUGAUCGAUCACGGCUAGAUUCAAAGUGGAAAAAAUCCAUUCCUAGACAACAUGGUUUCGUCGCGCGGAAGUGGUAGGGGAGUCGAAGAGUAUACUCGCUGGUUCGCACGCCGAAAGCUCAGUUUAGUUUAAUAGCGGUUUCGAGCAGCAUUCUUCUCCGAGCUUCGAAUUUUGGAAUGUCCGAAUAUUGAAUAAAAUUCGCAAUCGUCGAAGCGUCGAAACCGGGAUCGAAACACAAUCAAACGUAAGAAAAAGAAAGAAGAACGAGGACCAAUGGCUGUUGGGCGAAUUUUUCAAUUGACUGAAUUUCAUAUACCAUAGGAAAUUGGUUUAUUGUGUAUGCGUUUCUUUGGUCACUCGCUCUCCAACAGUUUUCACUAUUUUUAUUUUCUCCUUCGAUUUCAAUCUCGUGUGAUCGCUUAUGAAUUAACGAAGAUAUCCGCAACAAGGAAACAUAGAGAACGUAUUAAGGCUUGAUAUUCGUAUGCAAAACGGAAACGGGAAAAGAAACAAAAUCGAGAUAAAUCCGAUCGGCAAAGGAAGAAAUAGACGGACGAACGAUGAAAUACAAGGUAAACGAUCCGGACGCAAACGACGAAAGGAAUGGCGCGAUUGAGAUGAAACAAAAAUCGAUAUUCUCGUGGCAAUAUCGGCCGAGGAACGAAAAGGAAUUGGACAAAAAUAGAUGGAAAUUGAUCAUAAUCGUUGGUAUAUUAACGGUAAUCGUGGUUGCGUUGCUACUAACGCUGGCCUUGCAGACGGUUAUUUUCCGCAAGGAAGUCUACGAUGAGAUGUGCCAGAGCGAGGAAUGCGUGAGGACAGCCGCCAGGAUAAUAGAGGCGAUGAACAGAUCUGUAGAUCCUUGUCGAGAUUUCUACAAAUUCGCCUGCGGCGGUUGGAUUUCGAAGAAUCCUAUACCGCAGAGUCAAACAUCCUGGGAUCAAUUGAGUCUUCUGAAGGAACGACUGCUGAAGGAUCUAAGGAUAUUGCUCGAAGAAUCGGACGAUGGAAACGAUUUGAGAUCGGUCAAGUUGGCUAGAACUCUGUACAGGACUUGUAUGAAUUUAACGAGCGUCGAAGCUCUGGGGUUGAAACCCGUCUAUGAAACGUUCAACAAGCUCGGAUUACCAAAAGAUCCACCUUUACAAAACGAAACUUUACCUUUUGAUCUUUCCGGUAUUGUCGGGAGGAUACAGAGAGUUCUAGGUUUGAAUAUAUUUCUAAAUUUUUAUAUUAGCGAGGAUAUACGAGACACGACGAAAAAUAUGAUGAUGAUAGAACAAACGUCACCAGGAUUUAGCGAGCGUUAUUUGCUCGAUUCUUCGCGAUUUCAAUCGGAACUAAUGGAAUAUAAGAAGUAUAUAGAAAGCAUGAUCGAACUGGCUGGCGCAGGGAAUAGAAGCAGCGAAUUUGCCAACGAAAUCUUAAACUUUAGCACGAAUAUCGCGCGCAUCAUGGCGACUGCAGAACAAAGACGCAACGUAAAUCAUCUUAUUUACGAUGUAACUAUCAAUGAAUUUCAACAGAUGACAGAUUUGCACGUACAACAGUGGAACUGGACCAGAUAUUUGGAAGCGGUGUUCGACGAUACAAACGUGACAAUAAAUACUGAAUCGGAGCGUGUGAUCGUAAUGGAUCUGCAGUAUUUACAGAAACUACCUAAACUGUUAGCGACUACUCCAUCCGCCACGAUAGCGCGAUUCGUAUGGUGGAACGUCUAUUCGGCUAUUGCUCCAUUAACGUCACAGCGAUUUCGUGAUCUUGGUUUCAAAUUCUCGCAGAAAGUUUUCGGUUUGAAAGAAGAGACAUCGAGAUGGAAAAUUUGUACUGGAAAUGUAAACGUAAAUUUUGGUAUGGCUCUCAGUUAUAUUUACGCACGAAAACACUUUGACGAUAAUGCUCGACAAAAGGCUCUAGAAAUGUUGCUCGACAUUAAGGCAGCAUUUGAACAAAUGGUUGCCGAACUAGAUUGGAUGGAUGCUGAGACAAGAGCUCGGGCUCAUAGAAAGCUGCACGCGAUAAGACCGUUCGUAGGAAUUCCAGACUGGAUUACUAAUUCAACAAAAUUGGAUAAAUUUUACGAGGGGAAAAAUGUUGUGCCUGGGCGAUUGUUCGAUACAUUUUUGAUGCUAACUGACGCAACAGUCAAGAAAAAUUUAAAUAGUUUGCGUGAGAAACCGGAUAAAAAUCGAUGGAUAUCGACUGGAACAACGGUAAAUGCGUUUUAUAGCGCGAUAUUAAACUCAGUCACAUUUCCAGCUGGUAUUUUGCAUCCUCCGUUUUACGGCAAUGGUUUACAGUCUAUCAAUUACGGUGCCAUGGGCGCAAUCAUGGGUCAUGAACUAACUCAUGGAUUCGAUGAUCAAGGUCGUAGAUAUGACGAAAACGGGAAUCUUCAACAGUGGUGGAGCAACGAAACGUUGCAACGUUAUCAUGAGAAAGUUGAGUGUAUAAUCAAACAGUACGGUAACUACCAUCUGCCAGAGCUAGGCAAUAAUAAUAACUUCACGGUAAAUGGCGUGAAUACACAGGGAGAGAAUAUAGCUGAUAACGGUGGUAUACGAGAGGCCUACAAAGCGUAUCAACGAUUUCGAACAAGAAAUACUAAUCGACUAGCUCUACCUGGCCUCGCUAAUUAUAGCCAAGAACAAUUAUUUUUUAUAGGUUUCGCACAAGUCUGGUGCGGUAGUUAUACGAAUGGAGCGCUAAAAUCUAAAUUGAUACAAGGAGUUCAUGCACCAAAUCAUUUCAGAGUCAUCGGAACUUUAUCGAAUAACGCGGAUUUUGCGAAAGCAUGGAAUUGUCCGAUUGAAAGUCCCAUGAAUCCGUCUCGCAAAUGUAUUCUUUGGUAAUUAUUUAUAAUUACACAGCACGCACGUAUCCGAACAUUACUGAACAUACGAGAUUAUGUUAUUCUUUAAAAAGAACAUUGUAUAAUAUUCAUAGUAAAAUUACAUAAACAG